UCCAAGAAAUUCACUUCUGGUUUUCUUGAGUUUCUUAAUCACUACACACCAACCCCAAAAAGAAUCUCAUUAUUAUCGUUUCCUAAUCUCACAUUGCAGAAUUUCGUGUUCUGGGUUUUCUUGGGUCGCCGUCAAGCUUGGGUUAGUCGCUGCUUAAUUACGACGAUGGGCGGAAGUGAAGGCGGCGGCGCCGGCGGCGGCACAGCUUGUGAUCCACAGGCUGCCGCCCCGUUUCUGACAAAAACAUAUGAACUGGUCGAGGAUCCAUCGACAGACCAUGUUGUUUCUUGGAGCCAGAGCGGCCUCAGUUUCAUCGUCUGGAACCCUCCCCUGUUUUGCUCCGAGUUGCUCCCCACCUACUUCAAGCACAACAACUUCUCCAGCUUCAUCAGACAGCUCAACACAUACGGGUUCAGAAAGAUUGUUCCGGAAAGGUGGGAAUUUGCGAAUGAAGAGUUCGUGAGAGGACAGAGAGAUCUGUUGAAGAACAUCCGCAGGCGGAAGCCGGUCCACAGCCACUCGUCCUCCUCCGGUUUUGAACGACGGGUGUUCGAAGAGGAGAUUGAUAGGCUGAGGAACGAAAACAGACUUCUCCGGGAAGAAGUGGGCAGACAUGAAAAGGAGAAUCAAGAACACAGAUUUGAGUUCUUCAGUUUACAGCAUCGGAUGCAGGGGAUUGACAGGAGACAGAGGCAGUUGGUGGCCUUUCUUGGUCAAUUGUCGCUGAGACCAGAGCUUCUGUUAUCUUCUUCCCGUUGGUUGAACUCUCAUAACCAGAAGAGGCCGAGGUUGUCGUCCCCGCUUCCCGCCGCCGCCACCGCCGCCAUGUUGUAUAAGGAAGAAGAGGAGGAGGAAGAAGAAAGCCGUUUCUUGAGUUCACUGCAGAAGGAGUUGGAAUCUUCGGUUGAUUAUAAUUGCGAGAGUGGUUUGAUGUUGAGUGGAAUUUCGUGCGAGAUCUCGAGUGGAGAGGGGCAUUGCGAUGGGGUUUGUGAGUCCCGGCCGCCAUCAUCGCCUUUGAGUUUCAUUGUGGAUGUAGAAACGGCCGGAGAGGAGGAGGAGAAGGGAAGCCCUGAUGCCGGUGAUAAUAACGGAGUGGAAAUUGACGGCGACUCUUCGGCCUCUGUGGCGGAUCCGACAUGGUGGUAUCGGAAAAAGUACCUUGGGGGAGGCCAUUUUCCCUCAGAGGAUGAAGGGGGAUGUGACGAAGAAGAUGGGGAAGAGGAGGAAUCAAUUACUUCAAAACAGAUAUUGGACAUGUCCGAUACUAAAAUUUUCUUCUUUGAGCCUUUAGAGGAUGACGAGAAGGCACUACGCUUCAGAAAGAAUCUGAACAUGCGAUUCUGGAGCUUAUAUGGUCUGAGUAAGCUGGGAAGCAUGGUGGGGAAACCUAUAAGGAGAGACAGACCUACUGCAAAUAAAACGAAAUACUCAUAUGCUAGAAUACAGGUUGAGGUUAAGGUUUUGCAGGAAUUUCCUCAGGAGAUUACCUUUAUAGAUGAUGAAGACAAGGUGAUUACCCAACGGGUCACCUAUGAGUGGUAUCCUUGUAUAUGCUCCCAUUGUAGGAAAUUGGGACAUACACAGGAGACCUGUAGGAAACAAAAUAAUAAAAGCACAUGGGUGAGAAGGAAACUGGUGUGGAAGGCUAAGAAUAAUACUGAAGAGCACAAGGAUGAUGCAAACACUGACCAAGGUAAGGAGACAGGAAAACCAUCUGGAGAUAGAGAACCAAUGAAGGAGGAUACUGAAAUCACAUCUCAUCCAGAAGAGGAGGGAUUUAUGGAGUUGGGAAAUCUGUCUAGCAACAUGAAGGAGAGCUUGAGGGUUAUUGGAGAUUUCAAUGCUGUCCUAGAGCCCCAAGAUAGAAUUGGAGGUAAUAAUGUUACAGAAGAUGAAACUCAAGACUUCAAAGCUUGCAUGUCUAUGUGUCAUCCGGAGGAACUCCCUAGUGAGGGAAGCUAUUACACAUGGAAUAACAAGCAAACACAGGGUAGCAGAAUAUAUUCCAAACUGGACAGAGUGAUGACCAAUAUGGAAUGGCUAUUACAGGUUGGAAAUAAGACGCAGAUUAUUGAAGAGAGAAUAUCUGAUCACUGCCUCCUUCUCAUCAGGACACAAAACCAAGAAAGAAGGAAUGUUGGCUUCAGAUAUUGUGAUAUGUGGGAAUUAGACUCUGACUUCAAGCCUCUUCUAAAUAAGAUCUUUAGUAGCAGGAUGAAGGAAGUGCUGCCAAAUAUCAUAAAUCCUAACCAAGGAGCUUUCGUUGAAGGUAGGGAGCUGUUGCAUAACAUAUUGCUAUGCUAUGAGUUAGCUAGAGGAUACAACAGAAAAGGCAUCACUCUGAGGUGCCUUAUGAAGCUUGAUCUUAGGAAGGCAUAUGAUUCCAUAAGUUGGAAGGCUAUUAGAGGGAUCAUGGAGAUAAUUAAUUUCCCUGGCAAAUUCAUUCAGUGGGUCUACUUUUGUAUAUCCAGCCCAACUUAUUCAAUCAUGCUGAAUGGAGAGAACAUGGGUUUCUUUAAUGGAGUUGACAAGGGAUCAGUAAAUGUCAUCCUGGAAUGCCUCAACCACUUCAGGGAUGUAACAGGACUCGAGGUAAACCAUACUAAAUCCCAACUUACAACUGGAGGAAUUCAGGAUCAGGAAAUGGAUGAACUGCUGAGUAUGACUAAAAUGGACAGAGGGGUGCUACCUGUUAGAUAUUUAGGAGGUCCCAUAACAGAUGGCAGAAUCAGUGCUAGAGAAUGUGAAGCACUGCAAAACGAAGACAAGCAACAUAUCUUUUAUGAGUGCAAAUAUACAAAAGAGGUCCAAGAAGAGAUAGGAAGCUGGAUAAGAUAUCAAUGGAGAGCAGCUAAUGAUGAAGCAAUGUUAGAUGAGAUGAUGAAGAUCAAAGGAAAAAGGAGCAGGCAGAUUGUAAUUGCAGCUUUUGCAGCAACUUGUUAUGCUGUGUGGAGAGGACGAAGAAUUGUUCAAAUUGUCGCCGCCUCCAUCCUCCUUGGAAUGUCAUGUCUCGCAGCGAGGCGCUUGAUUCAGCAGAACUGUCCGGAUUUCCGAAUAGACCCUCACGCUUUCAUUAAACUUCUGGAAUCCUUUACCGAGUCCAAGUCGCUUUCACAAGGCAAAGCAAUUCACGAGAGGAUCCUUAAACUCGGCCAUUCUUUCACCAACAACUCAAUCCUUCUUGACAAGCUCACCCGUUUCUAUAUCUCAUGCCGCAGGCUCGAGCUCGCUCGGAGGGUUUUUGAUUCGAUUCCGAGCACUGACAGAAGAAAUAAGUCCAUCUUAUGGAACCAAAUGAUCAGAGCGUAUGCCUGGGAUGGGCCGUUUGAGAGAGCGGUCGAGAUGUACUACGAGAUGAAGAAUUAUGGGGUCAGACCCACUAAAUACACGUACCCUUUUGUGUUAAAGGCUUGCUCUGCCCUUCAAGAUCUGGGAAACGGGACGGUGGUUCAUGAAGAUGUGGAAAGACACGGUCUUGGAAAUGACGUUUAUGUUUGCACUGCUCUGGUUGAUUUUUACGUGAAGUGUGGGUGUUUGGCUGAUGCACGAGAGGUGUUCGAUGGAAUGACUGAGAGAGAUACUGUGGCGUGGAAUGCAUUGAUUGCUGGAUUUUCUUCCCAUGGUUUGUAUGGGGAGAUGGCGAACUUGGUUAUGGAAAUGCAGAAAAGUGGGGUGCAUGCCAAUCCUUCAACUAUGGUAGCCAUGCUGCCGGCAAUUGGGGAGGCAAACAAGCUGAGAGAAGGGAAGAGUGUUCAUGGGAGUUGCAUAAGAAUGGGUUUUGUUGGCUGUGUAGUCCUUGAUACUGCGAUAUUGGACGUUUAUGGAAAAUGUAAGCAGUUGGAUUACGCAAAGAGGAUUUUUAUUGCAAUGAACUCAAAAAAUGAAGUCACAUGGAGUGCUAUGAUUGGGGCAUGCGUAACAUGUGAUUCUGCAUUAAAGGGGUUGGAACUCUUUGGGACAAUGAGGCUGGAACAGAACUUCAACCUUUCUUCUUCCAUGCUUGCAAUACUAAUCCGAGCUUGUGCUAAGUUAAUUGAUCUGCGUAGAGGGAAACAGAUACACGCUCAAAUCAUUAAGAUGGGAUCUUUUCUGGACCUAAUGGUGAGCAACACGCUUCUUUCUAUGUAUGCAAAGUGUGGGAGGAUAGAUGAAGCCAUGAGGUUAUUUGAGGAGAUGAAUUUCACAGACUCGGUCUCCUAUAGUGCUAUAAUUUCAGGGUCAGGGCAGAAUGGUAAUGCAGAAGAAGCUCUACAUAUUUUUAAACAAAUGCAAUGUUCUUGUGUUGAGCCAGAUUACUCAACCAUGAUGGGAUUUUUCCCAGCUUGUUCACAGUUGGCUGCGCUGCAGCACGGAGUUUGUGGCCAUGGUUACUCCAUUGUCAAAGGAUAUACAACAGAUAUUUCAAUUUGCAAUGCACUGAUUGACAUGUACUCGAAGUGUGGUAAGGUUGAAGCCGCUAGGCUUGUUUUUGAUAGAAUGCGUACCAGAGAUGUGGUAUCUUGGAACACGAUGAUUUCCGGUUAUGGACUUCAUGGUCGCGGAAGAGAAGCAAUAUCGAUGUUCAAUGAUAUGUUCACUGUUGGUCAACAACCAGAUGACAUAACCUUCAUCAGUCUCUUCUUUGCUUGCAGCCACUCAGGUCUUGUCACCGAAGGGAAGCAUUGGUUCCAUACCAUGCGUCAGGAAUUCAAGGUUGCUGCAAAGAUGGACCACUAUCUAUGCAUGGUGGAUCUUCUUGGGCGUGCUGGUCUUUUGGACGAGGCAUACAGUUUAAUCAAAACAAUGCCGUUCGAGCCAGAUGCCCGGAUAUGGAGUGCUUUGCUUGCUGCCUGUAGAACUCAUAGAAAUAUUGAACUGGCAGAAGAUGUUUCAAAUAAGAUCCAUACCAUAGGGCCUGAGAGUCCUGGUGAUUUUGUUCUUUUAUCAAAUUUAUAUAGUACUGCAGAGAGAUGGGAUGAUGCUGCUCAUAUAAGAAUUGUACAGAAGGAAUCUGGCUUUAAGAAGAACCCGGGGUGUAGUUGGGUUGAAGUAAACGGAACUGUCCAUGCAUUCGUUGGAGGGGAUCAAUCUCACCCACAAUCGGUCAGAAUCAAUGAGAAACUAAAUGAACUAUCUUUGGAGAUGAAGAGAUCCGGGUAUCUGCCAGAAUUUGAUCAUGUGUGCCAAGAUGUUCAAGAGAAGGCAAAAGAACAGAUUCUUCUUUAUCAAAGUGAGAAGCUAUCUGUUGCAAUGGCUUAAUCUUAUUAAUCCUAGAGGGCCCAUUCUUGUUACCAAGAAUCUGAGCUAAUGAAAUUAAAGUGAUUAAAGUGAUUGCCACACUGCACUGAAUUUUAUCACCACCAUCACAAAAAGAGAAAUUAAAGUGAGUGGUGCAAG